AUGGAGCGAGCAUUCGAAGUGCAGCUGGAUCUGUCUUUGCAAUCCUUGCGGCAACAUGUCUUGGAAGCCUACCGUGACGGGACCUAUGCGACAAGGGAUGUGCGAAUCGAGACUGAGCCCGAUGCUUCCAUGAACAGGUCGAACUCAUCACAGACUCGCGAGCUCAACAGAGGUAUGAGCAAAGAAUUGAAGAGGUUUGACUCCAAUCUCCCCUUGGUGCUCGAAGAUGACGAUGGCAGUAUUCCUGUGACGACUGAGCUGUGGCAAACUGUUGGGACUCAGCCGGUGGUACCAUCUCGCAGUCUGAAGAGUGUCGGUUCUCGGCGGACCGGCAGCUUUGACUCGCACUAUGCCAAGGGUCCACUUGAUUCCAGAGCCAUGCGGAGCCGGCUGCAACUGCGCUUGGGUGCUGCGGUGAAGAGCGAACUGCUGAACGGUAAGCAGCUGCUUGAAGCUGUGGAGGCCCUGGGCCUCACGAAAUAUACCUUGGAGGAGAUGUGCGACUUUGUCCACCAGCUUGCCAACUACAUCAACUUGGCGUUUCUGGAAGAUUCGGCCCGAUCGGUGACAGGAACUCACAGCCAUAGAGGUGAAGCUUCCUGGACCUGGCCGAAGGAGGUCUCGAAGCUUUCCGCCGCGAUGUCUGAUUUACCAUAA